ACUGCCCAGUGAGUCAGAGCGCAUGCGCAGUGCUUACGCUCUGGAUGCUGCUCAAUAUAGAAAAGCAAGCUGCCAGUUCGCCAAAGUAACGAUUUAAAGGAGAAGAAAUGUCUCGAAAUAGUGCAUCAGAUAUGCAAGAUGGAAUUUGGAUUGCCAGCCAAAUGACAAAAUGUGCGGACGCCGAUGCUUCUCCGCGCUCCGUUCGUUUCAUCUUCGGUCCAAAAUGCCACUUGCUUAACUGACAUACGAGGAUAGAGACAUAAACAGUCAUUGAUAAAGGGAUAUAAAGCAAAUCUACAAACAUGAACGUUACGUUGCUUAAAAAGCGAAGGCUGGACUGUGUGUAUGCGGUGCUGUUUUGGCUCCAUCACGCUGUGUGGAUGUGCUGUUCAGCGGCCGAAGAGUAUCAUUUUAGCGUUGAGGCGUGGUUACAGAGGUAUGGCUACCUCCACCAUACACAACCUAACAUGGCCGUCCUGCGAUCAGCCCAAACCAUGCAUUCUGCUAUUGCUGCCAUGCAGCACAAGUACGGACUAAACAUCACAGGGACUCUAGACAAGGACACUAUAGACUGGAUGAAGAAACCCAGAUGUGGGGUACCAGACCAGCUUGAGGGUGUAUCUGGAUCCCGCAGGAAGAAGCGCUAUGCACUAACUGGACAGAAGUGGCAGCGCACACACAUCACAUACAGCAUUAAAAAUGUGACUCCUAAAGUCGGAGCACGAGAAACACAUGAGGCCAUCCGGCGGGCGUUUGACGUAUGGCAAGGUGUCACACCGCUACGCUUUGAGGCAGUGCCCUACAGCGCUCUGGAGAGCGGCAAACGUGACGUCGACAUCACCAUCAUCUUUGCCUCUGGUUUCCAUGGUGACAGCUCUCCUUUUGAUGGCGAAGGAGGCUUCCUGGCACAUGCUUAUUUCCCAGGGCCGGGCAUAGGGGGCGACACACACUUUGACUCAGAUGAACCCUGGACGCUAGGCAACCCAAACCAUGAUGGUGAGAGAACGGCAGGUAAUGACCUGUUCCUUGUGGCGGUCCAUGAGCUUGGUCAUGCUUUGGGACUGGAACAUUCUAAUGACCCUACGGCUAUAAUGGCUCCAUUCUAUCAGUAUAUGGACACUGAGAGCUUCAAACUGCCUCAUGAUGAUCUCCAGGGCAUCCAGAAAAUAUAUGGUCCUCCAGACAAAAACCCUCAGCCAACACGACUGCUCACGACCGCUACGCCUCCUCGCCUGCACCCACCAACUGACCCUCGAAAGCAUGACCGCCAGGGUCGCCCUCAUCGCCCUCCACAGAAGUCCAAACCCGCCCACCCCAACUCCAAACCCAACAUCUGUGAUGGAGGUUUCAACACUCUGGCAAUCCUACGACAGGAGCUGUUUGUCUUCAAGGAUCAGUGGUUCUGGAGGGUGCGAGAUAACUCUGUGGUGCCUGGAUACCCGAUGCAAAUUAGCUACUUCUGGAGAGGUCUGCCUCCCAAGAUCGAUGCUGUCUACGAAAACAGCGAGGGGAAGUUUGUCUUCUUCAAAGGCAACCGGUUCUGGGUGUUUAAGGAUACAACUCUGCAGCCCACAUAUCCUCAGGACAUUUCUCUUUUUGGCAAUGGAAUGCCCACGCAGAGCAUUGAAACGGCUGUUUGGUGGGAAGACGUGGCCAAAACCUACUUCUUCAAAGGGGAUAGGUAUUGGAGGUACAAUGAGGACAUGAGGACCAUGGACCCUGGAUAUCCAAAACCUAUUACUGUGUGGAAAGGCAUCCCAGACUCUCCACAGGGAGCAUUUGUGGACAAAGCCAAUGGAUUCACAUACUUCUACAAGGGGAAGGAGUAUUGGAAGUUCAACAACCAGCGGCUGAGAGUGGAGCCAGGCUACCCUAGAUCUAUCCUGCGGGAUUUUAUGGGCUGUGACGGUUUGCCCGCCGACCCCGACUGGGACUGGAGCUCCCCACAAGAAGAGGAACCGCCGCAAUAUGACCAUGAUGACGUUGAUAUCGUGCUCAAGCUGGAGAGCAGCGGUGGAGCAGAGAAAGCGGUGGCCAUUGCCAUCCCCUGCGUCCUGGCCCUGUGCAUGAUGGUGCUGCUUUACACCGUGUUCCGCUUCAAGAGGAAGGACACGCAGCGCCACAUACUGUACUGCAAGCGAUCCAUGCAGGAGUGGGUCUGAGAAAUUAAGGUCCCACUCCCACUGCUAGAACUAUUUCCAUCUUAAAAAUCCCCUCAAAAGGUCAAAGUAAUUGGCAGAAGUGAAGGAUGACAUAAAUGAACAGCAUGCCAACUUCCUUCUCCCAUUGUCAGCCUUUGAAGGUGGCAGUGUGUUGUUUUUGUAUGGUUUUGGAACUCUGUCUGACUUUGGGCGGCCAUUUUGGUUCCCAGAGUCCUAGAGUAAACUGUUACUCUACAAACCAUAAUUAUCAACUUUUCAAUUAACUCAAGAAUUAUUUAUCUUCAGACUGCUGAUCUCAAUACUCCAUAACAUGCGAACUCACCUGUCACUCCGAAAUACUUGCUUGUGUUGAAAAACUGAUGCCCAAACCAAAUAUGCCCUUAGUGUCCAAAGAGGAUUGCUUCAUUCACAUGGGAUAUCCUGAGAUGACUCGCUUAUCGAUCAUUAUUUGAGUUCCAUUUGGCUGCAUUCAUCUGCAGAAUAUAUGGGAUCUGUUUGCUUGGAAAUCAGAAGGACCUUGACAUAUAACAUCGGGGCUACAUGCAAUAUUUCGUCGAAUGCCUUAAUCACAUAUUGAGUUUAUUUUUAUGUAUGUUAGUGUACAUGUGCCUAUGUGAAUGUGACUCCUUUCCAUUACUUCCUUUGUUCCUCACUGUUCUUUUGAAGCACUGCUGACUGAUGGAAACUUGCAGUACAAUUUAAAGUGCCACUGAUUGUUGAAAAGUUUAAUUGAAAAUGAGUGAAUGGCUGCUGUCCAUGUUCUGUACUGCUGCAUUUUUCCAGACUUCAAGCUGCAGCAUAGAAAAUUAGACUUAUAGUUAAGUGCUUCCAAUCAAAUUGUAGAGAAUUUAUUAAACGGAAGGAUACAGUUUAGCAGAAAUUCCUAAUGAACCUUUCUGAUGCUCUUAAGGAACAAUAGAUUAUCAACAAAAUACCAUGAAAAUGUUAAAGCUAUAUAAAAACCACUGAUAUUAGCUAAGUUUGCAAUGAAGUAUGUAGACUAUAUUUGCAUUUCCUGAAGGAAAUACUUGUGCUUGCAAGGCAGCAAGAGAGUAGUGCUAAGGUUUUGGGUAAGUUUAGCUUUGGGCGUUGGUUCAGUGAAUGAAAUGCUGCAUCAGAGCCACUUAUGUAUCUUCUGUUGGCCGUGUUUGAAAAACAGCCCAUAAUGUAAUGUCUUUGCAGUGUAAAGUCCACUUCAGUUUAGACACGAGCGAUUAGCAUAUGCCUAUACGGCUCAUCGUAAAGCCAUAAUCCAUUUGAUAGCAAGGCGGUUCAACACAUGCACACUAAAAAUUUUGAUCUUUGUCGUGUGUCUGUGCUAUUUCUUACCAGAAGUUAUGACUGAUAAAAAUUUCUUUGUGUCUUUUAAACUAUAGAUGCGGGUAUCUUUUAAUUCACUCACAUAAGUAGUUGUCAACACCGGCAUUGUUUUUUAUGGACUCUGCUGUUGUUGUUUUGUCUCUUCUGAUUCUUUUUCAGCCAGUGUUGUCUAAUAUCUGAGUUACUUUGUCAAAUGUAAUGUAACACAUUACAUAAAAAGUAACGCAAUUAGUUAUUUUUUUAGGGAGUAACACAGUAUUCUAACACAUUAGCCUACUUUUAAAAGUAACUUUCCCCAACACUGGCAUACAGUAUGCACUAUACUAAUGAGGAAAUUUGAUGAUGAAUCUGAUGAAUAAAGUCAUGCUCAUUGUACAUAUACCUUAAUUUAUGAAUAAAAACUGAAGUAAACCUUAAGCCUAAGCUUAAAGCCUAAUAAUGGAUCCAUAACCGUUGUACCUUACUAUUGAUAAUUCAUCCAUCAAAACACUGAAAAUAUAUCUUUGCAAAACAUUUGGAACUUUAAAAUGUUCUUUCACAGCCUUUAUUAUUAUUAUUUUCAAUUCAGGUCAAAUUAAAUAUGCCUUUAUAUUAUCCUAAGGUAUAUAAUGUUAAAUAGAUGCCAAGAACAGGCCAAUCAGGAUGCAGGAUGCAUAUUAAUGCAGAAAACAGACCGAUCCAUUUUACCACACAAAUCACUGUCAGACUGUGAAUGCUGAACAUUUAACAAGUUUUCAAAUACUAAUUUUCAAACAUUAAUAUUACGAUUCUUUAAAGUUUAUAAAAAAAAAAAAGGGGGUAAUGUAUAAAGUCAGCCAGUCAUUAUCACAAUUUUUGUCAUUCUGUGAUAAUAAAUGGCUGACUGUACAUUAUCCCACUUUAUUUUUCACAGCCAAAAUAAAGAAACUUUUACAUGAAAUAUAUAAAUACGUAGACAGAAAAAUAUUGAUUUGAGUUUAAAUUAUUUUAUAAAUGUACCUUUAUAUUAGUUACUUAGUAACUUCUACUAAGAAAAACAGUCCAUUACAAUUCAGAACUUAGUAACAAGAUAAAAACUGCAACAAUAUUGCAGCUAUAAAACUGAAAUCCUCACUACAAUCAAACAAUUUUCACUGCAGUCGAUAACUGAUGCAAGACGACCAGCUGCGUUUGUAUGAAGUGAGAAAGUGCAUCCACGGUGUGAUACAAUUGUAGCGUCAUUUUUGGUCACACGGAAUGAGCACUCUGAUAUAUGCAGUGUUGCCAUAGACAAUGGUGAAUGCUGACUUUGAAAGCUGUGAUUUACCAAUCAGAAAAGAAGAAUAAAAAGAGAAGUUUAUUACAGUGCUGCCUUGCAAACACCUACCCCGGGUUUCACAGACAAGGUUAAAGCCUAGUCCCAGACUAAAAUGCAUGUUUGAGCUGUUUUAACUGAAAGCACCUUGCACUAACACAUCUUAAAAUAUGUCAGUGCCAUUGUUUUGUCUCAAGAUGCACACCAGUAAUGGGGGUUUUUCUCUAGGGAAAUAAAAAAAUAAUAAUAAUAAUUCUAUCUAAAUGUCCUAAUUGAACUAAGGCUUAAUCCGGGGUUUAAUCUAAGAAUUGUCUGUGAAACCAGGCCCUAAUGUUUACCUAAUAAAGUCCACGCUUGAGUGUCAUAAAAUGCUCCUUUCAGGCAUGGGUUUGGGUAAAAUUGCAUUUGUUGCACAGCUAAAGGGAACUAAGAUACUGCAAUCAGAGAAAUAGCUUUACUGCUAAUUUCUGUUUAAAAAAUGCUGACCAUGUGAAAAUAUUUGUUAGCAUGAUCAUUCUCAGAGUGUAUCUGUGACGGAACACUCCAAAUGUUGCCAUUUGAUAUUCCUUUUGAGUGUUUCUUGGAAGUGGUGUAUAAUGUCAUAUGUCUUGUUUUAUCUUUCAUUUUAUGAACUGAUCUAUAAUGGACUAUGGUGUUUCUCACCAUGCCAUCAGCAUCAGCCUUCCAGUUGCACAAUACUGAGAUGUGCACAUGAAUUUCCAUGUGUGAACUGUUGUUUUCAUUAUUAACAGAAGAAUAUCUCAAGAAUAUGCCCCGUUCUACCCUUGAGGUCACUGAGUAUUGGAUGUGUAUCUGAACAUGCUGUAUAUAUUUCUCAUGUAGUGUCUUUAUUACGGAUAUGAAAGGCAAAUUAUGCAGUACAUCAAUAAUAAGAUAUUAUCUAAGAUGUGGCGUGUGAAUCAUUCUUGUGAACUCAAAUGAAGAAGUUAACAAAAUGUACCAGGCAACCAUAAGACAUUAAACAUGUAAUUUAUCACUGAGAUUCAUGAAAGGUUGUUUGGAUGAUAUAAUUAAACAAUUAUAUAUUAAAUAA